AUGCAGAUGCAAUGCAAUGGGGGCACAAGGCCACAAGGCACCAAUCACGUCUCAACCGAAGUCCUCUACUACAAAGACCCUGGCGAUGGAAGCCCACCGCCUCCUGCCUACGUUGGCCAGCCAAACACCUUCAUCCGUCCUCCCCACCCCCAGGACGUCCUUAUCACCGACGUCUCCGACGACGAGGACAAAUACACCCUCGACAGCCACGGCUUUGCUUUUGUGAAGAACCAUCCCAGCGCCGAGAAGGACUUCGUCGACGACGCCCAGAUCAAAGCCGUCUACUACCCCGAGACCGAGCAACUCCUGAAGGGACUCGUGGCUGACCGUCCGUCCCCCAGCACCGGCGCCACUCGCGUUUCUCGCGUUUUUAUUUUUGACCACACCAUCCGCCGCGCCGUUGCCGACGACCGCGCCGCACCCAGCCAACCGCGCGGUCCGGGCUUCCCCGUGCACAUUGACCAGUCCUAUACCGCUUUGGAGAACCGUGUGUGGCGGCCAAUUAAGACCAUCCUGAGGGAUCUACUGGGGCUGGCCGAUGCGCAUUCCGUGCCUAAGUCCGAUUUGGUUCCGUCUAAGCUGAUUUAUCCUGAUCGCAAGGGCAAGACGUAUUCGGUGCGGCCCAAUCCUGCCCAUCGCUGGUACUUUAAGUAUGCCCAACGGCCAGAUGAGCCGUUGUUUAUCAAGUGUUACGAUUCGUUGAAUGAUGGCCGCGCGAGACGGGUUCCCCAUUCCGCUUUUGUGAAUCCCGCUCAUGUGAAUGAGCCUCCCCGGGAGAGUAUCGAGGUGCGAGCGUUGGUGUUUUAUGAUUAUUGA